AUGGAGAAUGAGUUUGAUUCAAAGCUAAGGAUAGGGAGCAACAGUUCAUCACCAAAUAGCGACAGUAAUGGCGCUUCUAAUCCUCAGAGAUCUAAGAGCUUUGCAUUUCGAGCACCCCAGGAGAAUUUCAGCAUCCAAGAUUUUGAAUUGGGCAACAUUUAUGGCGUCGGUUCGUAUUCAAAGGUUGUCAGAGCAAAGAAGAAAGACACGGGGAUUGUCUAUGCUAUGAAGAUUAUGGAUAAGAAAUUUAUUACGAAGGAAAAUAAAACUGCUUAUGUCAAAUUGGAGCGCAUAGUAUUAGAUCAGUUAGAUCAUCCUGGUGUAGUGCGUUUGUUCUUUACAUUUCAAGAUACUUUCUCACUCUACAUGGCGCUCGAGUCUUGUGAAGGUGGGGAACUUUUUGAUCAAAUAACCCGGAAAGGCCGUUUUUCUGAGGAUGAAGCUCGUUUCUAUGCAGCUGAAAUUGUGGAUGCUCUUGAAUACAUACACAGCAUGGGCUUGAUACAUCGAGAUAUUAAGCCCGAAAACCUAUUGCUUAGCGAGGAUGGACAUAUCAAGAUUGCCGAUUUUGGCAGCGUAAAGCCUAUGAAAGAUAGCCAGAUAACACUCCUUCCAAAUGCGGCAUCAGAUGAUAAGGCAUGUACCUUUGUGGGAACAGCAGCUUAUGUUCCUCCAGAAGUUUUAAAUUCCUCUCCCGCCACUUUUGGGAACGAUCUUUGGGCGCUUGGAUGCACAUUGUACCAAAUGCUUUCGGGUACAUCUCCAUUCAAGGAUGCUAGCGAAUGGCUUAUUUUCCAAAGAAUUAUUGCAAGAGAUAUUAGAUUUCCUAGUUACUUCUCAGCUGAAGCGCGGGAUUUAAUUGAUCAGUUAUUAGACAUUGAUCCUAGUAAGCGACCAGGUGUCGGACCCGAUGGCUAUGCUUCUCUCAAAGGCCACCCUUUUUUUAAAGAAAUUGAUUGGAAGAAUGUGAGGGCUGCAACCCCCCCUAAACUAGCUCUUGAUCCGAGAGCUCGGUCGACUUCAAGCGAAGAUCAAGAACCUUCUUGGAACCCGUCACAUGUUGGUGAUGGCUCGUUAAUAUUAAAUGAUGCAAAUGGUGGCUUUGCAUCACCUUCGGAAGUUGGUAGCAUCACUAGACUAGCGUCCAUUGAUUCAUUUGAUUCAAAAUGGAAAUUGUUUUUAGAGCCUGGUGAAUCCGUUAUUAUGAUCUCCAUGGUCAAGAAGCUGCAGAAACUAACGAAAAAGAAAGUGCAGCUUAUCCUCACAAAUAAGCCGAAGCUAUUUUAUGUUGACCCUACAAAGUUGGUGAUCAAAGGAAAUAUAAUAUGGUCGGACAAUCCUGAUGAUCUUAGCAUUGAAGUCACAAGCCCAUCAAAUUUCAAGAUUUGCACACCGAAGAAAGUUUUCACAUUUGUGGACGAUAAACAAAGAGCAAUGCAGUGGAAGAAAGCGAUUGAGGCCCUCCAAAACCGUCAAACAUGUUGUGGACAGAAGAAUGUGUUGGGGGAUUUGCAGAGAAGGAUGGAGUUGCGGAAUAAAUCAUGGGAGGUGUCGGCGGUGACAGGGCCGGCAGAGAUGGUGGUCGUGGCAGACGGUGGAUGUGUUUCGGAUGGGAACAAUUGUUGGGAAUCGGCACAUCAGGUCAGAGGGGAUGUCCGACGGUGA